AUGACGCACGCGUCGGCAUCGGCCCCGGCGCCCUCGUCGAUCAAGCAGCGCGCGCGCAAGGCGAGGGGCUCCGUCGAGCGAUUCAUACGAAGACUUCCAGUACCUGAAAUUUAUUGGGCGCGCGAGCGGUAUCUCGAAUUCAAAGGACCAGUGUGGAUGGCCUACGGCGGGGCGGUGACGAUGCACACGCUCGCUACCUUGGCAUUCAUCGGGUCGUUGUUUUACUACGCGGACGAAGCGCGCUGGGUGACGGAUACGAUCAUCAGCGACUCCACGGCGAUCGCUGGCUACGACUGCGCGCCGUUGAGCCCGGAUGAAUUUUACGGGUUAAACUAUACGUACGAAGAGUGUUUAACGAAGAUAGUGCCAUUGACAGAGAGUGCAAUUGGCUUUGAUAUCGCCAAUGCAGAGGCUAUCGCCGCUGGAGGUUACCUGACACGUACUGACUAUAGUAACGGGGGCACUAUACCCUAUAACUGCUCGGUGAAGAAUUCGGUGUAUUACAAUCCGUUCGGUAGUGUUCAAGCCCAUCGAGGUAUUUGGCCAAAGCUUCCGGAAUCACGUACGCCAGAAAUUGAAACAUACAUCAAUCAAGUUGUAAACAACGGCGACUGCAGGCAGUACCCAAACCCGUCUGGCGCGACGUGCAACGCGGGCCAAAUCAGGCGUUCCGGAGGUGGCAGCACCAAUGGAAUCGUCGGCGAUUGCGAGACUUUUAACACCAGCGCGGCUCAUUUCUUGCAGUUGUUCAGCAAGACGAUUGAAUACGUCAAUGGAGGCGACGUGUGCGAAUUCACCAAGCACAACUUGCCGUACAAGUGUUUGAAGUCGAAAAGAAUGACUGCUUUAGAAAUGAUUGGUCUGUCGAAUAAUAAUGCUGGGCUCGUGAUCACCGUGUUCCUUGCUACUUUACCCACCUUCAUAGGCUUUUUCCGCAAAGCUCCAAAGGCUACCAAUGAGAAAACCUGGAUUGAAAAGUUAUCUUUUCCUCCCGAAUUUUACGACGAGGAGCCGCUCGAAUUCGUGUCGAACACGCUGGUCGUUGGUUUCUUUUCGCUUACCAUCUGUGCCGUCGGUGUAGGAACGUUUGCAUGGUUUUACCAGUACUUUUCGUCGACUUCGCAGUACAUCACCGAUAUUCAAAUCACAGGUUCUUGGGCAAUGCCUGGAUACAACUGCACGCCGUUGACGACAGACAACCUCGGUUACGGUGUGCGAUAUACGUUCGACGACUGCAAGGCUGCUUUACAGGACAUCACGGUGGAUAAUAUUAAUUUCGAAUCCUGGCAGGGCGAUCCAUUGAACAUGCCGAAUCCGGUCCCAAUCAAAGCGAAAUAUGUUCCGUUUAAUGCAUCCAAAGAAGGCGUUUCAUCGCAAGCGUUUUGGGGCAAAGAACGCCCAAACGCUACGCUGACUCAAUACAGCGCGACGACCGAUCUCGAUCACUGGGAAGAUCCGGCUUCGUUUCUCGUUGGAGGAAAACCCCAGUCGACUCGUAUUCUAAUCAAUGCACCUUCCAACUCAUGGACAGACGCACUCAAGGCGGAUGCAGUCGAGGUGUGGAAAGCCAUGAUGGAUGUCGCAGGCGACGAGGUGUGCCUUUUCACGAAGGAAAACUCGCCGUACGAGUGCAAAAAGUCAGGCCCGCCCGAUACACUCACGCGCCUCUCUCUCUCAUAUGGUAACGCUCAGUUCAUCGCCGCAAGCCUCAUGUGGAUAGUGGCCAUCAUAAUCAAGCGCCUCCCCGCGAGCAAUCCUCUGGGCUGGAAGGCACGUUUACCGAUGGAGGACAAGUGGUUCCGAGUGACCGAUCUGGACCUCGUCAUGUCACCUAUACGCACACUUUUAGUGUGCUUUGUUCUCGGGGCAGCCUCUUUGAUUGUAUUUGCGUUGCUCCUGCAGUUUUACGCGACUCAGGAGUUUACGGAAACGGUGGUAGAAAAUGUCCUCGAAAAGGAAGGUUUCACGUGUCGUCCAUUGAAGGACGCUAUCUGGUAUGGCAAGAAUUGGACAUACGAUGAAUGUUUAGCCAAAAUCGAAGAACCAUCGCUGACGAACUCGGGUUUAAGCGAGCUUGAGCAGUCCACGCCUUCAUUUGGACCUGGCCAAGGGAUAUUGAGCUAUAGUGACGCGGAUUAUGGGCGGCAGCCAUCGGCUUACCUCCGUCCGUGGGGCAGAUUUGGUCCUUCAUACAAGUACUACGCAAAUAUGAUGGGCACGGUGAACGCUACUUUCGACACCUUUUUUCAAAAUCAGCAAACCAAUUUUACCAACCACAUCAGCGGAACAGUACAUGGCUCCUUGAUACUCACAACAGAUGAAUAUAAAGCGGGCGGCAUCGCGGUGAGCUAUACGGCAGUGAUGGAUCGAAAUGACGCGCUCGUCUUGAACACGUUCCGCACAAUUUUUGAUGAAAUCGGUCGCGAUCGAAUGUGUGCCUGGACUAAAGAAAAUUUCCCAUACUCGUGUACACGGAAGUACAAGCUACCUCCGCUUCAAGUUUUGUCUCAAGCGGGUGGUAACGCCGCGUUUUUCUUCCUUUUGGUGUCCAUCGCUUCAGUUGAGUUGUUGGCGAUUGUCAAGACGCGCCGUGUGACCGUUGAAAAUCUACUCGCGUUUUCUUAA